AUGGAUCAACUAGUUUAAUUUAGUCCUUUGAACUUGAUGGCUCAGGAGAAAUCCAACACAGGACCAUCGAUCAUGCUGACUUAUGUAAUCAAAUUUCAAAGCAGUCCUCAGCUGAUAAGUAAACAGCCAAAGAAGAAAAUAGUAGUAAAGAUUGAUAAAAAAUCUGUGAAGGAAAAUGUUUUGAAACAAAAAUAUGCAUCGAAUAAAAACAUAAUGAAUAAUGAUAAUUUUAAUUUAAGGACUGAUGAUAGAAUCUCAUAAUUUGAUAUGAACGAAUCCUCUCCAAUUUCAAUGCUCCCUAAGAAAAUUUAUUCAAAUCAUAAAAAUUAGUAGUCAAUCAGCAAUAUCUCUUCAUAGUCAAGUGUUGUAAUUGGGGCAAAAUCAAUGAUGCCUUAGAGUGGGCAAAACUUAAAUAAGAAUAAAGACCGAUUAAUCAAGAAAAAUAAGAAAAUAAUGAAUAAUGUCAUCAUUAAAAGUAGAAAAGGCUCUUAUGGUGGAGCAAAUGCUUUCGGAUCCCUAACUGGCUUGAGUCCAAUCCAAAAUAAAAAAUAAGAUUAAUUAAGAAUUGGAUAAGAUAUGGCUUCAGCCAGAAACAACUAUGAAAACCCAAUAAGUAGUAUUCUUUAGAAUGACUAACAGUUGGUUCAAAAUUAAAUGAACUCCAGAAACCAGCAGAUAAGCCUCACAGUCAAACACUAGACCACUAAGACAAUAUAAUUCAACGAUAGAGAGCUAUAGUUCGGUCAAGAUGGAGUUAUUCAUAGACAUUCCUAAUCAAUUUAUUAAAAUAAUAUGGCCAAUAACUAAUUAUCUAAUUCUGUCAAUAAUUCCGAAUCAUAAAUGAAGAAAUCUGGAAUCUUGCAAAAGCUUAAAGUUAAUAAGAGACCAAUCAUAACUCUAAAAAAGAAUAAAUUCUCGGAGCCUCUUUCGCAAAUAAAUGAACAACAUAUUCAACAAUAGCAUUAAAGUCCAUACUAGCAACCAUACCCAGCCCCAAUUUAAGGGUCUUUGAGGAAAAGUAAAAUGGAAAGAUAUGGCUUAUCGUAAAUGAGAGCUAGGAAUCAUAGCUAUGGCGGAAGUGGAGAUAACAUUAACGUUAGAAAUUCUAUAAUGGAAUUUAAGAUGCCCUAAAUAGUUUAAGCUGAAGUUAAAUCUAGCUAGCAGCAAAGACAAAUGAAAAAGAGUAUGUAACUAAAUAACAUUGUGGAGAAUAAUGAGGAAAUAAUUAUCUAAGAUCAACAAAUACAUAAUCAUAAUGGUUAUAUCCCCAGUCAACAAAAUAAUCACAAUAUUCUGAGACAGAGUAUCAUUGCUAAGCCACCAAAAGCUAAAGCACUUCCGCCUCCCUCACAUAAAAAGCAAAGAGACUCAUUAGCAUCCAAUAGUAUAGGAGGUGGUCCAGGUGGUAUGCCUAGAUCUUAGAUGGAUCUUUGA